UCGCAGCUGCUCCUGCGAAGCGCCGACCAAAACAGUUGGAUUUAAAAUUCUAACGGCAGAUGAAUGUGAGUGCAUAGAGACCUUAGACGACUAGACUGGAAUUCAUGAAAACAUCAUGUCUCGUUUACCAGUCAUGUCCACUAAGAGGGUCUUCACAAGCAGCAGCAGCUCAGAGAACACUCAAGACUCCCAGCCUGCUCAGAAGAAGGCACGGAAUGAGACGGAGCCCGUCAAACCACAGGCCGUGGCUACAAUUAACAUUGGCAGGCGUCCUCCCGUCGCAGCAACAAGGCCACUGACUGCUAAACUGGUCCGAGUUGGAGGAGCGGCUACAGUGGCUGUUGGUCCUUCCAGAGGGGUCCCAAAACAGUUUGUAGCUGCGGUUGCACCAAAAGGAGGAGCCAUGAAGCAAACCAAUCCCUCAGCUGUCACUAAAACAGCAGGUGGCCGGCGAGCUCCGUGGGACCUGAGAGGCAAAGUAAGCGACAUGGAGGACAAGAUCCACAACUACCAGGCCAAAGUCAAAUCGACCAACAAGGAGAACGAGGUGCUCAGAGGCUCAGUAGCCCAAAGUCAGCAGAAAGUAGCCGAAAUGGAGAAGCAGAUUCAGAGGCAGCGGAUCCAGAUCAGUGAGUAUGAAGCGGAGCUACAGACUCUCACAGGGGUCCAGGACGAGUUCGAGAGAGUUAGUAGUGAUAAUGCUGCUCUCCAAAAGGAGCUGGUUAACCUGGAACAAAAGUAUAAAGUCAUGGAAACUCUGCGGGACAGCCAGGAGACGGAGCUCCAAGCUCUCAAGGCGAAGCUUUCUGUUCAAGAGUCGACUCUGACCAGGGUGCAGACCGCCCUCAGUGAUUCAGAGGCAGAGGUGAACUCGCUCAAAGAGACGGUAGCCCAGCAGAGGAAUGAGCUACACAUAGGUGAGAUGGAGCGCCGACGUCUCCACAAUACCAUCCAGGAGCUCAAGGGCAAUAUCAGGGUGUUCUGUAGAGUGCGCCCGCUCCUAGGUGUAGGUCUCAGCAAGCACAUCGAGCUUCCUGCAGGGGACAACACGACCAUAACUCUGGCCAAAACGGAGGAAUCUCAUACAGGCAGAACAGGAGACACGCACAAGAACUACAAUUUCAGUUUUGAUCGUGUGUUUGGUCCCAGCGUGUCUCAGCAGGAGGUUUUUGAAGAAAUCGCCUUAUUGGUGCAGUCGGCAUUGGAUGGCUACAACGUCUGCUGCUUUGCUUACGGGCAGACGGGCAGUGGAAAGACAUACACCAUGGAGGGCGAAGAGCACCACGAGGCCAGAGGCGUUAUUCCCCGUGCGGUGCAGCAGAUUUUCAAGGCGACUGAAAAGUUAGCAGAACACGGCUGGGAGUACACCUUUACAGCUAGUUUUGUGGAAAUUUACAAUGAGACCCUGCGAGACCUGUUGUACACCGGGAAGUCCACCAAGAGACCUGAUCUGGAAAUCCGCAAGAUGGCCAACAACGAAGUGACGAUCACCAACCUCACAUACAAGAAGGGUUUAUCAGAGGAUCAGGUUCUGGGUUUGAUCGCCUUGGCCAAUCAGAAUCGCUUCACAGCGCAGACCAACGUUAACGAGCACUCAUCCCGCUCCCACUCAGUGUUCCAGCUGGACAUUGAGGGAGUGAAUUCUGCCAGGGACGUCAAGUGCAAGUCCACUUUGUGCCUCGUGGAUCUGGCGGGCAGUGAGCGGCUGGUGAAGAGUCAGUCUCAGGGAGAGCGCUUCAAGGAGAUGACAUCCAUCAACAGCUCGCUGUCCAACCUCGGCAUCGUCAUCACCGCGCUGGCCAACAAGGAGAACUAUAUUCCCUACCGGAACUCCAAGCUGACUUACUUCCUACAGGGAUGUUUGGGCGGAAACAGUAAGACCCUGAUGUUUGUCAACAUCGCCCCCGAGGCAGACAGCUUUGGCGAGACACUCAACUCUUUGAGAUUUGCCAGCAAGGUGAACCAGUGUGUCAUUGGAACGGCGACGGCCAACACCAAGUAGCUAUUUCAGAACACAAGGAACUCCCCGGGACCACAGUUUUGACUUUUUAAACUUUGUGUAUUAUGUGUAUGUGGGCGCUGUAUUUUUAGAAGGACUGCAUUUCUAUUGCAGUAUUUGAAUUUUUGUGUUUAUAUAAUUUUUUUUAUAGUAUGCAUCACAUUUGGGGACGUCCACAUCAUGGAAGAUUCUUCUCCAGAAACUCUACACAUAUAGAGUGCCACUGUAGUUCUGAACAGUUGUGGCUCUCUGUGGGGGCCCAAAUAUAUGACAGGUUUUAUACUGUAAAUACUUAUCACUUCAUAAUAAAGAAUAAUCUGUUACCACUUUGCAGUUUCUACCUGUCAACCAUAUCCCAAACUUGACUUAUUAAAAAA